AUCAGGUACUAGCAGGUACUCGCUACCUACACUGGAAGCAGGUCUCACGGGAGCCUCGCAGCAGGCUCUCUUCUUUGGGUCGCCAGUUGGGGCCUGACCCCUCAGACUGAUGGUGUUGCUUGCUCAAUCACUACUCCUGCGCUCUUCUAACCACCCAUUUCUUCCGAAUCUCUUAACUUACACCGCUCUAAGGAGGCCACGAAUCUCCCCCGUUGCGGGCAAUCUAAGUAAUCUUGAGCGAUGAGAAUACAAAGGAACUCCUGGGAAACAAGGGCAGCUGAGAAGCGGGCCAGUACCCUUGGCAAAAUCCCCCCGGAAUGGAGGCUGGACCCUGCAGAUCUCGGGAGGGCGAAGAAGCAGCGCGACCUCACUGGCCCAUUCAUCCAACAAUUCCUGGAACCGGGCGAAAUCGCCAUUGUUUCCAGAGAUAGCGUCGAAAUUACCGACGCCAUCAGGGAAGGGACGCUCACCGCCGUCGCGGUCACCACUGCAUUCUGCAAGACUGCAGCCAUCGCGCACCAACUCGGUAACUGCCUCCAUGAGAUCUUCUUCGACCAAGCGCUCGAGCGGGCAAGGCACCUUGAUGCCUACUAUGCCGCCGAGAAAACGACCAUUGGCCCACUGCAUGGCCUCCCCGUGAGCUUGAAAGACCAGUUCCACGUGAGAGGCAAUGAUACCACGAUGGGAUAUAUUGGUUGGAUUGGGAGCAAUGUGGGCAUCAAGCACCCCAGCCAGGCACAUGAGGUGGAGAGCCAGAUCACAAAAGAGCUCUUGUCGCUGGGAGCAGUGCUGUACUGCAAGACGAGCCUGCCUCAGACCCUCCUCUUUGGGGAGACGAAGAACAACAUCAUAGGGCAGACGCUCAACCCCAACAACCAGAAUCUCUCGUGUGGCGGUUCGUCCGGGGGAGAAGGGGCGCUGCAGGCGCUCCAUGGCAGCACACUCGGGGUCGGCACAGAUAUCGCAGGCUCUGUCCGCAUCCCUGCCGCUUUCAACGGCAUCUUCGCCCUCAAGCCGACCCCGGAGAGGGUUUCCUACCGGGAAGUGGCAAACACGAACCCGGGCCAAAACACGUACCGCUCGACUAUUGGCUUCCUGAGUACCUCCCUUGGUGGGUUGGAGCUCAUACUGCGCUCCGUUCUUUCGACUAAACCCUGGCUCAAUGACCCGGCUGUUGUUCCGAUACCCUUCCGUCACGAGAUUGUGGACGAGUACCUUUCUCGAGCCGAGCCCGACGGGACCGCGAAACCAUCGGGUUCGCCGCUGAAACUAGGCGUCUUGUGGACCGACAGCAUUGUGGGGCCUCAGCCGCCCAUUAUUCGAGGCCUUCACAUGGUAGCGGUUGCCAUGAGACGGGCCGGACACAAGGUGGUAAACUGGGAACCGCCGUCGCAAUUGACAGCAGACAGGGUCCAUCUAGCAUUUCUGAAGGCUGACGGGGCCCACGAUAUCCAUGCCCAGCUCGACCUCUCGGGCGAGCCACUCAUCCCGGACCUCGAAGAGAAUUUCCACCUGCGGCCGCCAUUGGGACUGUUGGAAUACCAGGACCUUACCCUCCAAGGCCUCGAAUACGAGGCCCAAUACUCCGACUACUGGAACUCGACAGCGGAGGAUGACGGCCAGAUUGUAGACGCCGUCAUCAUGCCCGUGGCGCCACACGCGGCCGUGAUUCCCGGGAAGUACUACCACAACGGCUACACCGAAGCAAUCAACCUGAUGAACUAUAGCGCCGUGGUCAUCCCCGUCACCAAAGCCGACAAGAACCUCGACACGGUGGACGAGUCAUACCAGCCCCUGAACGCGAAGGAUAAGUUGAACUGGGAAGCAUACGACCCGGCCAUCUACCAUGGAGGCCCCGUUGGCGUCCAGCUUGUGGCGCGGCAGUUCGAAGAAGAGAAGAUUUGGGCCAUCGCCAAAAUCGUCGUUGCCGCGUUGGACAAAAUGAAGGCCGAGACGGCAGUGUAUUGAGUUUCCUGAAGCGCCUUUGUGCUGGGAGAAAGGGAUUUGUCAACAUGAACUAGGCUCCAUACUGCUUGGUUGCGCGUCAUUCCUAACCCUGCCUAUUACCCUAAGCCCUCUGCUUUUCACAGGGCUUCGUAGUGUUGUUAUUCACGCCUCACAGCCAUUGCUAUCACGUCUCCAGACCUCCAUGCCCUUCUUCCUAGUCGUGUAUCCAAGGUAUUUUGUUUGCCUCUCUCAUUCUGUUUCACUACUGAGGGUUCUUCCUCACUGGAGCAUAAAUAGGGUGGCCUAAGACUACCCAGCUUUUAUAAUGGAACUUAACCGUCUUUUCCUCUUGCCACUACCUAGUUAAUUAC